AUGUUGUUAAAUGGAAUGUCAAGAGGUAUAAUGAUGGAUCAGCUUGAAGAGCUGAGUAUUAAUCUUGAAAAAAGUCAUCUUGCUUAUUUGCAAAUUGAUGAAAGUCCUUCAAAAUUAGAGCAACGUCACAAACUCGAAGGAAUUAUAAAAGAGUAUCUUCAUUUAGUGCCUCAUGAAAAUAAAUAUAUAUUUCCUGAAACUGCUCAUAUUCUCCACCGAUCAGCAGCAACAGUCAACGAAUUCAGUGGAUAUCGAGCUUGUUCAGCAUGGACUGCAAUAUCCUUAUAUGCAGCGAAUCUGUUAGCUCAACCAUGGAGAAAAGAAUAUCGUACAUUACGAACAUAUAGUGGAUAUUACAAACAUGAAAUUGAAGCUAAUUUAAUUGGAGCUGAGUUGAUGUUUGAAUUAAUGGGUUAUAAACAUACAGGGCUCGGAGUGUUGACUCUAGAAGGUCCAAUAGAUCCUGAUAAAGUAUCUUAUGUAAGCAGAGAUGCAAUCGUGGCCUUUGUUGAAUGUCAAAUCAUCAAAGAAAUCUGGGAAAAAGUGUCACAAACUUUCACAAUUUCAUGGUUGCAAGUCUUAGAGUUUCGUGAGAGUCAUGUUGGUACACCAGAACAAGCAGUUCGUGCUCUUAAUCAUCGGUUUUGGGAACGAAUGUAUCAAAGUCGUCUUAAGCUCCAGAAUUAUCAUGAUUUACACUUUAUUCAGCCAGCAGCUAUUGACACAAUACCAGCAACAACAGCUCCCCAUCAUGUAAUAGGCAAUUAUAAACCAAGUAUUCCGACUGAGCCUGAUUAUCGAUAUCCUACAGAAAAUGUUAGGUACUAUCAAUCACUUCAGUCGCCUUUGAUAAAUGGAUUUCAUAAUGUAUAUGGUUGUAUUCCACCUGUGAAUAACAGAGUUUAUGAUGGUAUUCAUCGUGAUUAUUAUGUGCAUAGUACUCCACAUUAUGGAGCAAAAAUCCCAACUGGGCAAUUAAUCGAGUUGGAACCACCACUUCCAGUAAUUAAUUAUGAAAAGUCACGCAAUAGACGAUAUGCAAAUAGAAGUAUGGAUCAGGUAGAUUUCUCAAGUAGAUUAGAAGAAGAUAAUUAUAACAAAAUUGAUCGAAAACCAAUCAAGACUUCAACAAGUCUCGAUUCAGCAUCUAAUGAGUCAUGGGAUUUUGUUUACCGAAGUUUAAAUAAUCUUGGAUAUUCAAAAGAUAUUGCAGAACGUGAAGAUGUGUUACGAAAAAAGAAUAGUUCUAAAUCUAAAUCUUCGAAAACAAUAAAUGAACAUGAAGAUAAAUAUGAAAGCCAUCGAUCACAAAAGAAAAACCAUAAUUCCUCGAGUAAUGGCAAUGAUUUUCAUAACAAUAGAUCGUCUUUGCAACUGAUAGAUUUAUAUUUAUCAAAUGAAAAUGAAGAAAAUCAAGGUAAUGCGGAAGAAAAAAAUUAUAAGCACAAUCAAGCUUCGACAAGAUGUUCAAAAAAUUAUGACAAAGUAGUAGAUUUAGUCAACCAUAUGUCAAUUCGAAGUAAGGAUGAAGAAUCCAAGAAAAAUGAUAAGUGGAAUUGCUCUACUUGCACAUAUCUCAAUACAUCAGAUCGAGAAAUCUGUGAGAUGUGUAAUAAAUCAAGGUGGAAGGGCAAUGAAGACCGACCACUUGCCAGUGGUGGAAAAGAGUGUCCAAAAUGUACAUUAGUCAAUGAGAAAGACGCUCUAGUGUGUGCUGUAUGUAAUUCUAGUUUAAAAGAUUCUCCAACUUAUAUUUAGUUAUUUGUUUUAUUUUUUAUUUACAAAAUUGUUAACGAUUUUAAUUAAACAAAAAAGGUAUAUUGAUAUUAGAUAUCUGUUAAAUUUUAACAUUAAAUAAUAAAAGAAAAAUAUGUUUUAUAUAUUAGAUUAAGCACAAAUAUUCUUUAAACAAAAUAAAUAACUUGUGCAUCUU